AAUGAACAUCAAUUUUCUAUCAUCCUUAAUCAUUAGCUUGGUUGUCAUCACACUUUAUUAUAUCCUAGACUCAAUAUACUGUGUCAUAUUUAUCCUUGUCUUUUACUUUAUCAUAAGAUUUAUUUGUAGAUUGAUGGCAUUUCCAGGUUCAUACUAAUUAUUUUAUAAGUACAAUUUUUUACUCAACUUAAACGAAGACAAAAUAUAUGAAACAAGAUAGCAACUUAAAUUCUUCAGAUAUUUGGAUGAUCAUAGCUCAUAAUACCAAUUUUAAAAAGCUAAAAAUUUCUUUUUAGUCUAAUAAAAAAUAUACUAAUAAAUGGAAGAAUAAUUGAAUUAAUAGUAACUAAAUUAUUUAAAUUUAUUAUCUAACUAUAUUGAAGUUUUAGAAUCUUAAUAAAAUUAACAAAUCAUUAAAAAUGAAACAAUAAAAAUUUUACAAUUUCUUAAUGCCUAUAUGGAUUAAUCUGCACAAAUCAAAUAUAUUAUGAAACCCUUUAAAUAAUAAAUAUUAUUUGGAACUUUAGAAUGGUGUAGAUUAGAGAUACUAUUACUCAAUCCAAAUGCUUCUAGACAUAUAAUUAAAUAUAAAAAUAACUUAAUUGAUUGUAUACAUAUAGUAAAUAAUCAAUCAAAUUGUCCAACAGUAUUAUUUUGUAAUCCAAAUGCUGGAUAUUAUGAAUAUCAAUAUAUUAAUGUAUAUCAAUCUCUAAUAUUUAGUGUACUUGGUUCAAAAUUUAUAAUAAAUUAUAGAUUAAUUUAAUAUUAUGGAAUUAUUGUAAAUAUGGUUAAAGUACUGGAGCACUAACUACAGAAAAUAUAAUUGAAUGUGGUAUAUUUGUUGCUUAAUACUUUCAAAAUAAAUUUUAGAUAAAAACUCUUGGUAUACAUGGUCUCUCUUUGGGAGGAAUGUUUGCAUCAGAAAUAGCAUAAAAACUUAAUUUAUCUUUUUUAAUUGCAGAUAGAACCUUCUCUUCUUUAGGUUAAAUUGCAGCUGCAAUGUAAUUUAUGUUAUUAGAAUAUAGGUUUAAUUCUUCAAUUCUCAGAUUUCUACUAAAUUGUAUUGUAAACUGGGAUAAUCCAAAUUAUUUAUCUUUUUAUAAUUUUAAAGGGCCUAAAUUGAUAAUCCAAGAUGCAGUUGAUGAAAUAAUCCCUUAUAUCGCAUAAUUGCAAACAAGUUUGGUUAGAUAAUAUUUCACUAAUUAAACAUACUCUCUUUAUCAUUCAUACUUUAAUAAAGAAUCUAAAUGUAUUACUAAAUUAUAUUUAUAGAAUAUAUGGAUUUCUUUUUUAAAUAAAUACUAUCUGAAAAUUAAACAGUUAGUUUGAGUUAGUCUUUACAAAUGUUUAUCAAUUUUAAUGAAUAACAAAAUAAUAAUUAAUUAUCAUAAGAAAAUUAACAUUUUUAUUAAGAAUCAAAAAAACAGCUUUAAUUAAUUGAGUAUAGUAAUAAUGAUAUUUUUAAAGUAAUGGAUUCAAAACCUACACCAGAAAAAAUUGCAUUAUUUUUUGGUAGUUGCUUUAUGUUCGAUUAAAAUUCCUUUUAAACAAUCAAAUCAAUUAUUAAAAGAAUUCAAAUACUUUUAAAACAACAUUAUUCUAAUUAACAGAAUCUUAACAAUCAACUUUCUAAUCAUGUAGAAGUAAUCAUAGAGCACAUUUAUCAAAUUAUUAAAAGUUUCUAAUAAACUUAAUAAGUGUAAGAAUUAAGAAAAAGAAAAAAAUAAAAAUAAAAAUAAAAUAUCUUUGGUCAUUUAAUAACAAUUAAUUGUGGGCAUAACAACAACUUAAAUAUGUUAGAAACUAAAAAAUUUUAGGAUUAUUUUUUAUCUAAUUUUAUUGUGUGA